UUAGGGUAACUCCGAACAAUUCCAAUCCUGAAUAACACCUCCUUUGCUACAUGUUCUGCUUCACAAUUAUUUAACGGAAUUAAAAAGAAUAAUGGUUGACAUUUGACAGUAGAAAGUUCGAACGGAACGAGGAGAAGAGUAACAGUAUUCAAAUUUAAAUAUCAAACUAUGUAUUGGUUCUCAUGAGGAAUGUUGAAAAUCAAAUUAAUAUUUAGAUUUCACUAAUUAAAACAAUCAUGGAAAUAUCAACUAGUAGAAUACUCCGCCGUCGAUUAACUCCAGAGGAAAAGGCUGAUCAAACGAAAAAACUGAAACUUGAGAAAGACAAAUUGGAAACAGAAGCUGCUUCAAAGAUAAAAAGGGCAGUAUUAAGACCAUUCAUUAAAUACCAGGGAAAGAUUUUCUACCAUACUGAACUGAUAGAUAUGGCAAUGUGACGCUAGAAAACUGGCAAGGGAUUUCACUGGAGUCAAUGGUGAUAAACUAGUCCAAAAUUGUAUCGAUUUAGGAGUGUUAGCAAAUUCUAUUCUUCCUACUACCCACCGAUGGAGUUUAGAAAAACUAGUCAAUUAUUUGUUGGAUUUGAGGAUAAACAAAUCUAAAAUGGUGAGAAAUAGCAAGUGGCACAUAAUACCACUGUCACCAGCCCAGCAAAAGUAUGCAGCAAUUGACUCACACGUCUCUCUAUUGCUUUACGUCACUUUGAAGGAGAAGGAAAAAGAUAAGGAAGAUGAUCAAAAUACGUUGAAUAAGUAAGAGUUCGGAAGAUCUGGAAACAUAAAAUUUACCAUUAUUAUGAUUUUCAGUGGCAGAUUGUUGUCUUUUAAAUCUUUGAUAAGUUUUUA